UUUCUAUCCAAAUCCUGCGCGUGCGUCAGGUGCUUGCUGGGAAAAUUUCCAAAUAUAGUAUCAAACUGUUCAUAUAUAUUUUGACGUCAUUUGACUCAUUCAGGCAGAAAACAUUUGGUCGGAAGGUUGAUAGCCACUGAUACUAUCUCGGACCACACAGGAUGAGGGAGUACAAGCUAGUUGUACUAGGCAGUGGUGGUGUGGGCAAAAGUGCUCUGACCGUUCAAUUUGUACAGAAUAUUUUUGUUGAAAAAUAUGAUCCAACAAUUGAAGACAGUUAUAGAAAACAAGUUGAAGUUGAUGGACAGCAAUGUAUGCUAGAAAUCCUUGAUACAGCUGGAACUGAACAAUUCACAGCAAUGAGAGACUUGUAUAUGAAGAAUGGACAGGGUUUUCUACUGGUGUAUUCCAUCACAGCACAGUCAACAUUUAAUGACUUAGCUGACCUGAGGGAACAGAUCCUUCGUGUCAAAGACACAGAUGAUGUACCCAUUAUCAUUGUUGGAAACAAAUGUGAUCUGGAAGACGAACGUGUAGUUGGAAAAGAUCAGGGUAUUAACUUGGCAAGAAACUGGUGCUCAGAGUUUCUAGAAACAUCAGCAAAGGCAAAAGUGAAUGUGAACGAGAUAUUUUAUAAUUUAGUCAGGACGAUAAACAAAAAGAAUCCAGAAAUAAAAGGCAAAAAUAAAACCGGAAAGAAAAAAGGGUGCUGCAUUCUGUAGAAGAGCGUCAAUCGUCAUUUAUUCGCAUGCAUAUUACAUGGUGUAUAGAAAAAUAUCCCUAGGAGAUGUUGACCACUCGCCAUGGUGCCGAGAGUAUAUCUUAAAUUCAUGGACUCAAAUAUGUGACAAGAAAUACUUCUUGCUUCCAGGUACAAUUUCUGAACGUCGCCUAGCAGUGUAAAUUUAUGGGGCCAUACUGGACUAAUGAGAUAUAUCUUAAACGGAUACAUGUCCUAAAACAUGUGUACCAAUGUCAAGAGUGGAGACUUUGUCACCUGUAAUAAUUGUAUAAAAAACAACUCAGAUUUAUAUUAAGGGUAUCUGGCUUGCUUGAAAACUUACAGUUCCAAGGAAUGUUACAUGGAGCCGGUACAUCAGUGAAGAUUUUACGUUUGAUGACCGAAAUGAUGUGUUUGAUGACUACGGACAGUGUUAAGUGUGUGUUGGGGAUGCGACUUGAUUGCAGUGGAAUGAGACCAGACUUGGUGCACAGAUAGUUACAUGGAUCUGUAAUUUUUGCUUUAUAUAUUUUUAUAGGCAUGGUAAACAUUUAGCUGAUGGUAACAAUCAUUAUACACAGUAUGCAUACACAUGUCAAAUUUAUGCAAAUCAGAAAGUGAACUGAAACUAUGUAGGUGUUGGUUUACUAGGUUUGUACAGCAGUGUGUAUGUAUAAUUGGCUUUUAUCUGACUAUUCAUAUGCAAUGAGAACUGAUUAACCUGGAAUGGCCGUAUAUUUCCCUGGAAACGGCUGUAGAGAUCACUGGAAUGAUGGAUUGACUACAGCUGAAUUAAGCAGAUGCAAUAGAUAAACAAGAGCCAGUACUUUCUUUGUAUUAUUCAGUUUGGUAUGUAUGUAAAACUGGAUCUACGGAAAUGCUUCAGUAACAGCAUUAUUUUGUGUACAUCGUAGAGCAAGUUUCCGCAACAUUUUCUGAAGUCGCAAAAUAGUCUCAGCAUUCCUACAAAAACUCCCUUACAAGGAACUUGAUAGAAUUUCUCUUGUCUUAUUAUCACAAUUAAGGGGGACAUUAUUUAGAUUUACUUGCAUACAUGGAUAUUGCUAUAUAAUAUCGUUCAGUAUACUUGAAUGAGUGGAAGGUUGAAGAAGAAUUUCAAACACAUUUGCCAUACAAGUCUGAACAGUGUGGCACUUUAAAUAAAGUCGACUGUUGGCUACACAUAGACCUUGAUGUACCAUUUGAUGAUGAAGUUACAACUCAAUAAUAAUAUUGUGAAGACAUGAUUAAAUGUUCUCAAAUGAGCCCAUUUUUAAUUAAUUUGUCACCUGAAAAAAGCAAAAUACUUUUUGGUGAAAAAGUAGAACAAAGUACAAUUACGAUGAUAUCAUUCCAACAAAUCUUGUCAAUAUUACGAACGACCAAUUGGAGUGGAGUCAAAUUUUCCUGCUGGUUGAGAUUUCAGGAAAUAUACAAGUACUGCAUUCAGUACCCUUCUCUCGAAUCUAUGCAGUAUGUGGGACGGUCUUCUUAUAAACCACGGGCAAUUAGUGCCAGGUUUCAUAUACAUGUACUGAUAUAUUGCCAGAAUGAAACAUGUUCAAUCAAAAGAAUGAUCAUAUACAGGAAUAGAUUAAGAAAGAAAUAAUUGAGGAGACAAUUUGUAUUUCAGCCUGGCUUUACCUUUGUGCAAAAUUUGCUUGUCACACCUUCUCUCCUUCAAUUCCACAACAUUUUCAAUUCUUUCGUGUAUUGUUUUUAAUGUUUAAAAUUUGAACAACUUUUCCUUUGUUUAUGACACAACAUUUUCACUGCCAGAAAUGCACUGCUGAUAACGCGCAUCAGGUUACAUGAUAGUAGGCAAUGGUAGACCUCGGAAUACUGUGUAGAGUAGUAAGGUAAACUGUGAUAGCCUUACCUAGGGUGUAGUCAUUUGUAUUAUUAUCAUUUUAAUGUCAAUGUUUUCCCAUGGUAUGAAGCAAUCAUUUCUAUUCUGAAAGUUGUAAUACAUUUUCACUUAAGCAUAUGGAACUCCUGAAUCGGGUCAAUGAUGUUAUCAGAUUUAUUAAACAAAAAUGUGUAAAUUUGAAAGAAAAAUGUAGAAAUGAUAAAUUCCCAUACAAUAUCAAGGUUAAAUUACCUUCUAUAAUAAAACCCAAGACGCCAAGAGCUUGCCUUUGAUACACAAGAUAUUGGCAAUGUAUGCAUCCAUUGAUGACCUGAUCUUGAGAACUAUCUCCUACAACCCACAUAACAUAUAUUUUUACCAGAGAUUUCUUCUUGUAUGGCAUUUGUAUAUAAAUUUCAUAGAUUUAUUUAAUCCUUUAACACUGUAUCUUUUUUUCUGUACAUGUAGGUAAUCCUUGUGAUAUUAGGCUUUUAUCUGGCCACUUUUCUCUUGCUAUACCCCUAUGGCAGUUUCAUUUUGUAGAAAUUGUGCAAAUUACCACUGUUGUUUUGAAUCUUGUUUUGUGCAUUUCCUGUUAAUAUUGAAUAUAUAUUUCAGAUUUUGAACAUUGUAAACUUUAAUUAUUUUGAUUCAGUUUCCUGUCAAAAUUCCAUUUUUAGGGUCUAUUUUAUGUUGAACAUCUUGGAAUAAUUUAACACUAUUUAAAAGAAACACAUUUGUGUAUAAUAAAUGUAAUAUUUGAAUUAUUGAAGAUAAGGACUUUCGCUUUUGCAAUAUUUAGAUUUUUUUAAAAGAGUAAUGUGAAAAUCGGAUGUAAAAUUUAAAAAAAAGUACAUGAAAAUUGUGGGUCAGUGAUCAGCUUGUAACAUUUUCAUUUAAAUCUAUAUUUUUCGGUUUUAUGUCCACCCUGAGAUGUUUCAAUUGUUUGAUUUGACACCCAAAUAGCUUUGGUUUCUCGCUGGGUGAUUGGGUCAUAACAGUACUCUGUUCUUUGUAUUGAACUUUGGGUACCGGCGCAAUAUCAUGAACUUGAUUCAUUAGCUGAAAGCUUCAACAUACACAACUGUUCAAACUGUACCAAUUUUAAAUUUUUAAUUAAUAAUAAAUAUGUACACAA